GGAACAAACAUUUUCUUCCUGGGCGAACACGCUUAUGGCGUGGCUGCCCAGGUGUCUUCGACUACCGACAGCGCUUUGUCUGUUGUCUUGGCAUUCUUCCCCUCAGAUAAAACGGAGAAUAACAGGUUCAAGUCUGUUGUCGAGAGUCGUGCUUCCCAGCACUAUUCGCCAUCGUUCAAAGCAGCUUCGGCAAUCGGAAUGUCACCCAGAGCGCUCUCCAAGAUCACAUCAAGCUUCAUGGUCCUCACCUCCGAUCAUCAAAAGUACAACCUCGGACUAAGCAUCAAAUUCGAGGCCAAGAGCUUGAAGGUUAUCGACUACUCGCGGAAAGCUGGUCGCUAUUGGGGGUUCAGCGAGAAAGCAGUUGACCUCAUUCGCGAAUAUAAGGUU